AAGGGAAGCACGCAAGGUAGAACCGUUUUAUUGUUAAAAAAAUUACGCUUACAAUACUUGUGAACGCUUCAGAGCUGCUGAGAGAAUACGAUUAUUAAAACAAAGAAAAUUAUUACCCGUACACAGAUUUAUCAAAAUUCUAGUGGAUAAAAAUUGAUCAAAAUGCAGAUCUUUGUGAAGACUUUAACUGGGAAGACUAUUACUUUGGAAGUGGAACCUUCUGAUACUAUUGAGAAUGUUAAAGCUAAAAUCCAGGAUAAAGAAGGUAUUCCCCCAGACCAACAGAGAUUGAUCUUUGCUGGUAAGCAGUUGGAAGAUGGUCGCACACUCUCAGAUUACAAUAUCCAGAAGGAAUCCACACUACAUCUUGUUUUACGUCUCCGAGGUGGUAUGCAAAUUUUUGUAAAGACAUUGACAGGUAAAACAAUCACUUUGGAGGUUGAAGCUUCAGACACCAUUGAGAAUGUUAAAGCCAAAAUUCAAGAUAAAGAAGGUAUUCCUCCAGACCAACAGAGAUUGAUCUUUGCUGGUAAGCAGUUGGAAGAUGGUCGCACACUCUCAGAUUACAAUAUCCAGAAGGAAUCCACACUACAUCUUGUGUUACGUCUCCGAGGUGGUAUGCAAAUAUUCGUAAAGACAUUGACAGGUAAAACAAUCACUUUGGAGGUUGAAGCUUCAGACACCAUUGAGAAUGUUAAAGCCAAAAUUCAAGAUAAAGAAGGUAUUCCCCCAGACCAACAGAGAUUGAUCUUUGCUGGUAAGCAAUUGGAAGAUGGUCGCACACUGUCAGAUUACAAUAUCCAGAAGGAAUCCACACUACAUCUUGUUUUACGUCUCCGAGGUGGAAUGCAAAUUUUCGUAAAGACAUUGACAGGUAAAACAAUCACUUUGGAGGUUGAAGCUUCAGACACCAUUGAGAAUGUUAAAGCCAAAAUUCAAGAUAAAGAAGGUAUUCCCCCAGACCAACAGAGAUUGAUCUUUGCUGGUAAGCAGUUGGAAGAUGGUCGCACACUCUCAGAUUACAAUAUCCAGAAGGAAUCCACACUACAUCUUGUUCUACGUCUCCGAGGUGGUAUGCAGAUUUUUGUCAAGACAUUGACUGGUAAAACUAUUACUUUAGAAGUUGAACCUUCUGACACCAUUGAGAAUGUUAAAGCUAAAAUCCAGGAUAAAGAAGGUAUUCCCCCAGACCAACAGAGAUUGAUCUUUGCUGGUAAGCAGUUGGAAGAUGGUCGCACACUCUCAGAUUACAAUAUCCAGAAGGAAUCCACACUACAUCUUGUUUUACGUCUCCGAGGUGGUAUGCAAAUUUUUGUAAAGACAUUGACAGGUAAAACAAUCACUUUGGAGGUUGAAGCUUCAGACACCAUUGAGAAUGUUAAAGCCAAAAUUCAAGAUAAAGAAGGUAUUCCUCCAGACCAACAGAGAUUGAUCUUUGCUGGUAAGCAGUUGGAAGAUGGUCGCACACUCUCAGAUUACAAUAUCCAGAAGGAAUCCACACUACAUCUUGUUUUACGUCUCCGAGGUGGUAUGCAAAUUUUUGUAAAGACAUUGACAGGUAAAACAAUCACUUUGGAGGUUGAAGCUUCAGACACCAUUGAGAAUGUUAAAGCCAAAAUUCAAGAUAAAGAAGGUAUUCCCCCAGACCAACAGAGAUUGAUCUUUGCUGGUAAGCAGUUGGAAGAUGGUCGCACACUCUCAGAUUACAAUAUCCAGAAGGAAUCCACACUACAUCUUGUGUUACGUCUCCGAGGUGGUAUGCAAAUAUUCGUAAAGACAUUGACAGGUAAAACAAUCACUUUGGAGGUUGAAGCUUCAGACACCAUUGAGAAUGUUAAAGCCAAAAUUCAAGAUAAAGAAGGUAUUCCCCCAGACCAACAGAGAUUGAUCUUUGCUGGUAAGCAAUUGGAAGAUGGUCGCACACUGUCAGAUUACAAUAUCCAGAAGGAAUCCACACUACAUCUUGUUUUACGUCUCCGAGGUGGAAUGCAAAUUUUCGUAAAGACAUUGACAGGUAAAACAAUCACUUUGGAGGUUGAAGCUUCAGACACCAUUGAGAAUGUUAAAGCCAAAAUUCAAGAUAAAGAAGGUAUUCCCCCAGACCAACAGAGAUUGAUCUUUGCUGGUAAGCAGUUGGAAGAUGGUCGCACACUCUCAGAUUACAAUAUCCAGAAGGAAUCCACACUACAUCUUGUUCUACGUCUCCGAGGUGGUAUGCAGAUUUUUGUCAAGACAUUGACUGGUAAAACUAUUACUUUAGAAGUUGAACCUUCUGACACCAUUGAGAAUGUUAAAGCUAAAAUCCAGGAUAAAGAAGGUAUUCCCCCAGACCAACAGAGAUUGAUCUUUGCUGGUAAGCAGUUGGAAGAUGGUCGCACACUCUCAGAUUACAAUAUCCAGAAGGAAUCCACACUACAUCUUGUUCUACGUCUCCGAGGUGGUAUGCAAAUUUUCGUAAAGACAUUGACAGGUAAAACAAUCACUUUGGAGGUUGAAGCUUCAGACACCAUUGAGAAUGUUAAAGCCAAAAUUCAAGAUAAAGAAGGUAUUCCUCCAGACCAACAGAGAUUGAUCUUUGCUGGUAAGCAAUUGGAAGAUGGUCGCACACUGUCAGAUUACAAUAUCCAGAAGGAAUCCACACUACAUCUUGUUUUACGUCUCCGAGGUGGUAUGCAAAUUUUCGUAAAGACAUUGACAGGUAAAACAAUCACUUUGGAGGUUGAAGCUUCAGACACCAUUGAGAAUGUUAAAGCCAAAAUUCAAGAUAAAGAAGGUAUUCCCCCAGACCAACAGAGAUUGAUCUUUGCUGGUAAGCAGUUAGAAGAUGGUCGCACACUCUCAGAUUACAAUAUCCAGAAGGAAUCCACACUACAUCUUGUUCUACGUCUCCGAGGUGGUAUGCAGAUUUUUGUCAAGACAUUGACAGGUAAAACAAUCACUUUGGAAGUUGAAGCUUCAGACACCAUUGAGAAUGUUAAAGCCAAAAUUCAAGAUAAAGAAGGUAUUCCUCCAGACCAACAGAGAUUGAUCUUUGCUGGUAAGCAAUUGGAAGAUGGUCGCACACUGUCAGAUUACAAUAUCCAGAAGGAAUCCACACUACAUCUUGUUUUACGUCUCCGAGGUGGUAUGCAAAUUUUCGUAAAGACAUUGACAGGUAAAACAAUCACUUUGGAGGUUGAAGCUUCAGACACCAUUGAGAAUGUUAAAGCCAAAAUUCAAGAUAAAGAAGGUAUUCCUCCAGACCAACAAAGAUUGAUCUUUGCUGGUAAGCAGUUGGAAGAUGGUCGCACACUCUCAGAUUACAAUAUCCAGAAGGAAUCCACACUACAUCUUGUUUUACGUCUCCGAGGUGGUAUGCAAAUUUUUGUAAAGACAUUGACAGGUAAAACAAUCACUUUGGAGGUUGAAGCUUCAGACACCAUUGAGAAUGUUAAAGCCAAAAUUCAAGAUAAAGAAGGUAUUCCUCCAGACCAACAGAGAUUGAUCUUUGCUGGUAAGCAGUUAGAAGAUGGUCGCACACUCUCAGAUUACAAUAUCCAGAAGGAAUCCACACUACAUCUUGUUUUACGUCUUCGAGGUGGUAUGCAAAUUUUCGUAAAAACAUUGACAGGUAAAACAAUCACUUUAGAAGUUGAACCUUCUGACACCAUUGAGAAUGUUAAAGCUAAAAUCCAAGAUAAAGAGGGUAUUCCCCCAGACCAACAGAGAUUGAUCUUUGCUGGUAAGCAAUUGGAAGAUGGUCGCACACUCUCUGAUUAUAACAUACAAAAAGAAUCGACAUUACAUUUAGUAUUGCGACUUCGUGGUGGUAUGCAAAUUUUUGUCAAGACAUUGACUGGUAAGACAAUUACUUUAGAAGUUGAACCCUCAGACACCAUCGAAAAUGUUAAGGCUAAAAUUCAAGACAAAGAAGGUAUUCCUCCAGAUCAACAACGACUUAUUUUCGCCGGCAAGCAAUUGGAAGACGGCCGUACGCUUUCUGAUUACAAUAUUCAGAAAGAAUCUACUUUACAUCUUGUGUUGAGACUGAGAGGUGGAAAUUAAGUAUGUUUCGUUUCCUUAGGUUCAUUACAUGAAUAGAGUUUAUUAAGAAAAAUAAAGAAAUUACUCAUUACUUUAA